CUCAUUUUCUCAGUCUUCAAAACUCUGACGGACCAAAGAGUCACCGUCGAACUCAAGAACGACCUCUGCAUCGUUGGAACCUUGAAGUCGGUAGACCAGUUCUUGAACAUCCGAUUAGAUAACAUUUCUGUCAUGGACGAGGCACGGCACCCUCACAUGAUAGCUGUAAAGAAUUGCUUCAUACGAGGAUCGGUUGUUCGGUAUGUACAAUUGCCUGUCGCCGGAGUCGACGUCCAAUUAUUAGAGGAUGCAUCGAGGAGGGGUACGUUCUAUUUUACUUCCGGGGGCAUAAGCCAAUGCCUUGUACUACCCCAUAGAACUUGA